GUACAAAAAGAGACAACCGGGAGCGCUAAUUUUUUUAACCUAUCAACUAACGUAUACACAUGAGUCGUCUUUCUAAUUACUUGCUUUUCUAUGCGCCGGCCGGUUUAAUUGUUCGUGUCCGUACCUACAACAACUGUCGUGUGAUUUCUUUUAAAAGCACUCAGUCCCAUUACAAGCUUGGGUGCAAUAAAAUCAAAUGGACUAUUCAAUUUAAUUUUAAUGCAAUUACUGAUUUUAAGUUAACUACUUUAAAGUUUUAAGGCAUUCAUACAUUUACUUAAUAUACAAUUCACAAUGCAAAAUACAAAUCAAAUACCAGAUUCCAGAAGAUUUGAAACUGUCAAAUUGUAUAAAAAAUCAUCUUUUGUUGAUAUAUGUGAAAGUUUGCAAUCUUUACGCAAUGGUAAGCUUUUAUGUGACAUAGAACUGCAGACGGACGAUAAAAAAUUAAUACAGGCUCAUAAAGUGGUUUUAUCAGCAGCUAGUCCGUAUUUCUAUGCUAUGUUCUCAAAUUUUGCAGAAAGGAAUCAUGACCUCGUAUUAAUGAAACAGUUUGACUCAACCUCUUUACAGCAGUUAAUACAAUUUAUUUAUUCAGGGCAAAUCGAGAUCACUGAAAUAAACGUCCAGAAUUUGUUGCCAGCUGCAAAUAUCUUGCAACUACAAGAAGUUACAGAGGCAUGUUGUGAUUUUUUACAUUCACAACUAAACCCUACAAAUUGUAUUGGUAUUAAUGCUUUCGCUGAUUUACAUAGCUGUACGCAUUUGACAACAAUUUCAGAAGUUUAUAUUCAUCAACACUUUUCAGAAGUUUUUGGUGGUGACGAAUUUCUAUCCUUAUCAUCGGAACAAGUAAUUAAGUUGAUAUCCAGUGAUAGACUUCAAGUAUCAUCUGAAGAAAAAGUAUUUGAGAGUGUUAUUAGUUGGAUUAAUUAUGAAUCGGGUUCAAGGCGAUGUAUUUUACCCCAAUUAUUGGAACACGUACGUUUUCAAUUAAUAUCGAGGGAUUACGUAUUUAAAAAUGUACGUAAUGUAUUUGAGGCAUUAGGAUUUAAAUCAGAAGAUAUUAUUCCACAAAGCAUCAAUAUUAAACCUAGACAUGGAGAAAAAGUUAUAUUAGCUGUUGGUGGAAUUGGGUCUGGAUUAAGUAAUAGUUUAGAAUGGUUCGAUCCAAGAACAAACCAAUGGCAUUUUGGACCAGAAUUAAUUACAAACCAUAAAAGACACAGUCUAGUCGUAAUUCACGAUAAUUGGGUAUUUGAUGUGGGUGGCUUUGCUUAUGGUUUAUCACCUUAUCAGUGUGUCCAUGUGCUAGAUUUGUCUUCAAAAUCACUUUGUUGGCAACCAUGUGAUGACAUGUUAGUUGAACGACAACUUUUAGGAGUAGGUGUUAUACAUAAUAAUAUCUAUGCGGUGGGCGGAUACAAUGAUAGAGAAGGUGAUUUAACAAGUGCAGAAGUUUUUGACUCCAAUACUUCUGCAUGGUAUAUGAUAUCUAGUAUGUUAACUAUAAGAUCUUUAUUUGCGGUUGGAGUCCUGAAUGAUCUCUUAUAUGUGGUAGGAGGUUUUGAUCAAUCAAGACAGGCUUUAGACACUGUUGAAUGUUAUAAUCCCAGUUAUGAUAUGUGGAGUCAAGUCGCAAACAUGCGUGUAUGUCGCAGUGGUGCCGGUGUAGGCGUUUUAAACGGUGAACUGUAUGCUGUAGGCGGUGAUAAUGGAUCAAACAUUUUGAGUAGUGUUGAAAAAUACACACCAAGUACAGGAGUUUGGACGACUCUUCCAGACAUACAUUUUCCUCGAAAAUAUGCAGGAGUAGUCGCAUUAGAUGGCUUUUUGUAUGUCGUCGGUGGAAUGAGCGAAUAUUCUCUUUUGGAUUCUGUAGAAUAUUAUAACCCAAUUACCAAUACCUGGGCCAGGGUCAUAGGGACAUGGAAUACUAUGAGGUUUUCACCUGGAGUAGUAGCCAUUAAUAGGCCACAACAUUUUACAACUUGUUAGUAUUCAUGAUUUUUUUUUUUUUUUGGUCAAUAUUUAAAUGUUUUAAUAUUUUGCAUUAUAGUAACUUUCA